AUGCCUAAAAGUCCGAAAACGCGGUGCGCGAUGAAGGAGAAGAGCAAAAAUGCCGCACGCUCCAGGCGGGAGAAGGAGAAUGCGGAGUUUCUUGAGCUGGCAAAGUUGCUGCCAUUGCCGAGCGCUAUCACGUCCCAGCUCGAUAAGGCUUCGAUCAUUCGGCUCACUACGUCCUAUCUGAAGAUGCGUGCAGUAUUCCCGGAAGGGUUGGGAGAUGCGUGGGGUUCACAGCACAUCCCCAACAAUCCGCGCGAUCUCGCCAUCAAGGAGCUCGGUUCCCAUCUGCUGCAGACGUUGGAUGGGUUUAUCUUUGUCGUUGCACCGGACGGUAAGAUCAUGUACAUCUCGGAGACGGCCUCGGUACAUCUCGGGCUCAGCCAGGUGGAGCUGACCGGUAACUCCAUCUACGAGUACAUACACAACUACGAUCAGGACGAGAUGACGUCGGUGUUGUCGCUGCAGCCGAACAUGUUUGUACCGCCGGCACCGGCUGCCGGUACCGAACCCACCGGCGGUACGGGGCCACUACUCUCCUCCACACCCCACUUGACCAUUGCCGAUGCGGCCGCAGCGGACUCACCGAUCUCACCGUUUGCCAGUCUGCUACAUCCCGGCGGUGGUGACUCUCCACCGCAGAGUCUCACCUCCACCGGUACCACCAUUGCCGCCAUCGGUUCCACACUCGGCCAAACGGUACCGCCCGGUUUGUCGCCUAACGAUAUGCAACCCGCAAUGCACCAUCAGCAGCAGCCGCAUAUGGGCGAUCAUUCGCCGCUCGGCCCCGGCAGUACACCUGCGUACGGUACGGGUACGGUCGGGUACGGGAUGCAACAUCCCCAGCAGUCCCACCAUCAUCAUAAUCAUCACCAUGGGCAUUAUCACCACCAUCACCAUCAUCACCACCACAGUUACGGUCAGCACCACCUAUCGCAGACGAUUGAGAUCGAACGUACCUUCUUCCUGCGCAUGAAGUGUGUGUUGGCGAAGCGUAAUGCAGGUCUCACGACCAGCGGCUAUAAGGUCAUACACUGCUCCGGAUAUCUGAAGGCACGCAUUUACCCGGGCGAUGCAACGUACGGCGAUGGACACAGCUGCAUCCAGAACCUGGGUCUGGUGGCGGUCGGUCACUCACUGCCACCGUCCGCCAUUACGGAAAUCAAACUCUACCAGAACAUGUUUAUGUUUCGUGCCAGCAUGGACCUGAAGCUGAUCUUUCUCGACGCAAAAGUGGCACAGCUCACUGGAUACGAGCCCCAGGAUCUAAUCGAGAAAACACUCUACCAGUACGUCCACGCAGCGGACAUUCUUCACAUGCGUUACUCCCAUCAAGUCUUGAUGUACAAGGGCCAAGUUACAACGAAGUAUUAUCGGUUCUUAACGAAAGGGGGUGGUUGGGCGUGGGUACAAUCGUAUGCCACCGUUGUCCACAAUACAAGGUCGUCGCGCCCACAUUGCAUCGUAAGCGUCAAUUACGUGUUGAGUGAUCAAGAAGCGCAAGAUCUGCUGUUGAAUGAGGUGCAGCAACCGCAACACACCGGAUCCGCACAGCAUCAGACGUCCCCGAACGUGAAGCCGGAAACGGCUGGAGGUGUUGGAGGUGCUGGUGGUGCGAAUAAGGAGCGUAACCUUGGUGAACCAGCGACGGCACUGGCCGCUACGAUGACACCGGUGUCCGGGUUAGCUUCCGGUGUUCCCGCCCAUAUGUCACCGAUCGGUGGUACGGUGGUGGGUGGGAAUGCUACUGGGCGGCGGAGUAGCUCACAAGCGCUGCAACCACCUCAUCAGGCAAGCAUGUCCUACAACACGUUGAUGUUGGGGAAGGAUCUUCAGGAACACCACCAUCAGCAACAACAGCAACAGCAACACCAACACGAACAACACCAGCAACAUCAACACCAACAACACAGCAGCUUCAUUCAGCUGGCUAGUCUAGACGAUGAUGCCAGUCUCGGUCCCAUACCGGGAGCACCCUCUGCCUGUCUGGUUACCCAUCCUGGAUCUUCCAUGCCGUCCGGACAUGACGAUUACGAGCUCCAGAUGCAGUACAGCUCUGGAGGUACCCACCAGGAGCCCAAUACGGCCAGCGCAGCGUACUGCAUGAAUGCCGCCCCUACCGGUGGAAUGCUUGAGGGGCACGCGGGUUCUCACGGUGGUACGGAUGGGAGUGACGCAUUUUUGGAGCCGUACUACGACCAGUUCUACGGUGGUUACGAUUCCCGGCAGGAUCCAAUCUCGUUGCGCCCGUUUUCGGCGAGUUCCAACAGCUGCAGUAGUUCGGAGGGUGAGGGAACGCUUGCACAACAUCACCAGCACCAUCACCAGCAGCAUCACCAUUCGCAGCAACAGCAGCAUCAUCUACAACAACCUCCACCUAGUUACGGUAGCAUGACGACAUCGUCGUUGUCUAUGUCUGGUGGGGGACCGGGUGUACUGAGACAGCACGUUGGAACUGGUACAGAUCAAAACUACGGUGAUCUUCAUCUAGACAACCACUAUGCACCUACGAAUGGGCAUCAGCAGCAACACCAUCACCAGCAGCACCAUCUCGAACAGCAUCCUCACACGAACGGUGCCGUCGGUAAUGGGACUUCCACGUUCUUGUACGAUGCAUCCCCGGCAACGUUAGACGGCAGCACCAGCUCAGCGUCCCCAUUCGAUGGUAUAUCGCAGCAACAACCAUACGACCAUCAGCACACCCUGCACCACCUCGGACCGGCCGCCCAUCAGCAUCACUUCCGCCAGCACGGACUGCAACUUGGUGACUCCUCGUUGGUGAAUACGUCCGGCAUGCUCGGCAUGGAGUCACCAGCACGAAGAUCCGUCGGAGAGCGCGAGGAACCGACCGGUGAUGCUUCUAAAACAUCGAAACUAUCUAACCACCCUGCGGUGGCCACCAUCACGAACGGCAACAAUAAUUCCACCAUCGGUAACGGUUGCACCGUCAAUAAUGGCAGCAAUCCCACCAACAACACCAAUCCACUGCAAGCGACAAACAAUGGUAGUAACCGAACUACUAACAGCAGUAUAAUUAUCAGUGGCGGUGGUAGCACCGAGGGUAACCAUGGUGACGCUAACGGUGGCGGUGUCGUUACUGUCAACGUUAAUCUGAACCAUAUGCACAACCACAGCAAUAACAAUACCACCACCGGCAACAGCCAUCUACUUACCAGCAGCAAUAACGACCAUAACGGUGCGAUUAACAACAAUAACAACAACACUAACAGCAACAAUAAUAAUCUGAAAGGAUACGGCAACGGUGCGGGUGUUGGAGGCGAUGUGCGCGUGCUGGAGGGCAAAAAGUCUUCCGUCGCUGUGAGAAAUCAACCGACCCGGCAGCAGCAUCACUUUGCCGACACGUACGGUAUGCCGCACUACACGAGCGUUAUCGUCGAGUCGACAUCGACUACGUCGGCUGGUUCCAGUACGACGAGUACCGCAACCGCCACCACUACUAAUAACAACAAGCAGCUUUCAUCGAGUGAGUACAUCCCGCAGCAAUGUACGUAA